UUUAAACAUAAUUUUGAAAUAUAUUAUUUUUAUAAUAUAUAUUUAUAUAAAAUGAAAAAUUAAUUUUAAGAUGAGGAGCAUUAUUUAUCUACAAAAAUUUGAAAAAAAUAUUAAGUGAGUAUUAAUCUUAAAAUCAAAUACUGUUGGAUCAUAAAAUGCGAUGUCGUUGGCGGUGCACUCACACUGCAGUUAUCUCCCUCCCAAAUUCCAACUAACGCGGCGGAUCAUCUCUGGAAUCCGCCCAAAUCCGCCGCAAUUGUUCAUAGCUACAAACCUAAACGGCGUUGACAUCCAUUGCGUCGGCGAGCUAUACUCCGCCUGCAACCACUCUUGCCACCGCUUUCCCAAACUGGACGCCGAUGGCCGAGUGGAUCCGGUCGACCCCAACAAGCUCCGUAAAGCUAUCCUCCAUAGCUCAGUCGUCGUCGCGGUGUUUUUCCAGACCGAAAAUCGCUCCUGUUUGGCGGCUUUUGGAGGAGAUUUGGCUCGGGCGGUGACGCCGUCCAAGGGAAAUUUGGUCGGAUUUGGUCGCGCCGUCUCGGAUUCUGGGCUAGCUGCUUCCAUCUACGAUGUGAUGGUCAUUCUUCAGAGCAUGUGGAUUUGGAGAUGACAUACUCGGAUCCACCGCAAUGAUGUACCCCGUAACCACUCGGCUUUCAAAUGGAGAUUGAUCGGCUGGGUAAAAACUGCGGCAGAAAAUGGCAU